CGGGUUUCCCAUUUCCUUCCUCUACAAAAGUCUCUUUAUCUCUCUAAACAUCUCUCUUCCCAUGGGAUGUUCAUGAUAAUAUUGAGCAAAAAGCCAGUUAAAAUCCCAUGGGAAGCUGUGUGUCAACACCGGCAAAACUAGCUGCAAUUUCGAGGAAGCAGCAUUUCCACGGUAAAACCAAAUCAAAUGUCCAACAUGAUGUCGACCAGACGUGCAAAUUGGGGGCCUUUCGUGUCACAACCGUGCUCAAGGACCUUUGUGGUGAAAACAUUUUUGACAAAUACAGGUUUGAAAAGGAAUUAGGUCGUGGCGAGUUUGGCAUCACAUACCAUUGCUUCGACCUCAUCACUAAGGAGACUUAUGCCUGCAAGAUGAUAUCUAAGGCAAAGCUCCGAACAGAGAUUGACUUGGAGGAUGUGAGAAGGGAGGUGGAAAUAAUGAGGCAUUUGCCUAAGCAUCCCAAUAUUGUUAGCUUCAAGGAGGCAUAUGAAGAUAAGGAAGCUGUGUAUCUUGUAAUGGAGCUUUGCAAAGGUGGUGAACUUUUUGAUAGAAUUGUUGCUAAAGGCCAUUACACAGAGCGUGCUGCUGCUAAUGUUACCAAGACCAUUAUUCAAAUUGUCAAGGUUUGUCAUCAACAUGGAGUGAUACAUCGUGACCUAAAACCUGAGAAUUUCUUAUUUGUUGAUGAAAGUGAAACUGCUCAAAUAAAGGCAAUUGAUUUUGGCCUUUCUAUAUUCUUCAAGCCUGGUCAACUUUUUAGCGAUAUUGUUGGAAGUCCUUAUUACAUGGCUCCAGAAGUCCUAAGACGUAACUAUGGCAAGGAAGUUGAUGUAUGGAGUACAGGUGUUAUCUUGUAUAUCUUACUUUGUGGAGUUCCUCCCUUUUGGGCUGAAACUGAAGAAGGAAUCGCACAUGCAAUUAUAAAAGGAAACAUAGAUUUUGAAAGGGACCCUUGGCCAAAGGUUUCCGAGGAAGCAAAGGAUCUAGUGAAGAGCAUGCUUGAUCCAAAUCCAUACAGUAGGAUGACAGCUGAUGAAGUUCUUGAUCAUCCUUGGAUACAAAAUGCAAAUCAAGCUCGUAAUGUUUCUUUGGGAGAAAAUGUAAGAACAAGGAUUAAGCAAUUCUCCUUGAUGAACAAGUUCAAAAAGAAAGUUUUGAGAGUAGUAGCGGAUAACUUGCCACAUGAACAAAUCAAUAGUAUCAUUCAAAUGUUCCAUAUGAUGGACAUAGAUGAAAAUGGAAACUUGACAUUUGAAGAGCUCAAACAUGGUCUUCGCAAGCUUGGGCAUUCUAUUCCAGAUCCUGAAAUACAAAUGUUGAUGGAUGCAGCUGACACAGAUGGAGAUGGCACACUUAGCUGUGACGAGUUCAUAACAAUGUCUAUCCACCUGAAAAGGAUUGGCAAUGACGAGCAUCUUUCCCAAGCCUUCCAUUUCUUUGACAAGAAUAAAACGAGUUACAUUGAGCUCGAUGAGUUAAAAGAAGCCUUACUAGAUGACGACCUUGGUCCAAACAACGACCAAGUUAUUGAAGACAUUAUGCACGAUGUUGAUUUGGAUAUGGAUGGUCGAAUUAGUUAUGAAGAAUUUAAGUCAAUGAUGGAAACAGGGAUGGAUUGGAAAAUGGCUUCACGACAAUAUUCAAGAGCUUUGCUAAAUGCACUAAGCAUCAAAAUUUUGAAACAAUCUGGCCAACUGAAAUGACAAGCUUUUCUUCAAGGAAUAAGAGCUUCUACAACAAAUUUUUCUUCCCUAAACAAAGAAUGAAUGAGAGGUAAUUCUGUGACCAAAGUAAGUAAUGCGUUGUUUUGUGCAGUGGUUUUGAUGUUGUAAAAUAUUUCAAUGGGAUGUUUAAGGGCAAAAAGUAUUCCCAUUUGAAUUUCUACAAGUUGGGAGAUGGAAGUUGAAAAUGAAUUUUGUAUUCAUCU